GUACAGAUUUGGUACAGCUGUUGGUUCAGUAGUCUAUCUGUUCAUUUUAAUAGGUAUCUAAAUGCGGAGAAUUUCAGUGGAGUUUGUACAGUAACAGUCUGAAGUGGACCUCAGCUAAUGUUCCUUAAAAUCUGUUAAUAUGUUGUUAGGAGGUUUUGGAUUAAAACGCGCGGACAGCGAUGUUCCUCCCAGUAAACCAGAUAGCGUUUUAGUUGCUGAAACGUUGAUGAACGAACUAGAAAGUCAGAUGAAAAUAAUCGAGGAUUUAAAAGCGGAAAGAGAACGGGAGGAAAAGCGACGAAAAAACACGGCAGACUAUAGUUGGUUAAUAAGUACGCCGAAUAGACAUAACUAUCAAUUAAGUCCUGUUGACAGGCUAGUUCUCGAAGAGUUAUCCACUAAAGUUCGACCAGAGCACAGCGGAGAAAUAAUAAGUCAAUUUAGAACAAUGUUGGAGACUCGGUCGUUUGAGUUAUCAGAAAUACCAAAGGUCUUUCGUUGCCUAAUUGAACGAUAUCUUGCGGAGACAAAGGAUUUGGACAACAGUUCGACACUCAAAUGGCUUACGCGUAGCUUAACAGAUUUGGGUUCGAGUAUAAAGACUAUAAGGAGUCAGUCGUCGAGCAAAGUCUAUCCACUGGCAGUUUCUAAAAGUGAUGUUGAUGAACAAACAAGGAGGGUUCAAAGUAUGCCUGAAUUUGUAGCUAUGAGAGAUUUAGCUGUUUGAUACUAUUGCAUCAAAUUUUAAAAAUAUUACGAGCAUUUAAAUAAUCUGCGCUCCCUGUUUUAGGAUUGCGGUUUUAGGAUAGAAAAAUCUCUUGACAUGUUAGAGCGUGCAUUGCCUCAAGUAUUUAUUUAAAACUAAUUUGGUAAAUAUUACAAACUAAAACUAAAGGCUAAGUAAUUCUCAUUGAAAAUAGUUUAUUUAUUACUAGUAAGAAAAAAAGAACUUCGAUCUCCCAGAAAUUAAUCAUAAUCCGUAUUGAUUUGCAUCUUGAAAUAGUCUAGUGUAGAUAUUAUUGUACCUGAAACAAUAUUGUCUGAUUGUUUACUUAAUUUUCUUGGCGAAUGUCAAGCGUUAUAUAUUUAUUAAUUUUACACUUGGCGAAGAUAAUACUUUCAGCUUUAAGUGCCACACAGGCAUAGAUGAUAAUGAAGAUAAGGAACCGAUCAUUUAUUACGUCCCAGAGGGAGGGGGCGCGCGGUGGAAAUACAAGGGGGUACAUUUUUUAAAGCCAGUAAAAUUUGGGGGGUACAUUUUUGUAAUGGCCGUAUUUUAGGGGGGGUGACGUAUUUAGUAGUGUUGAAGGGGGAGGAUACGUUUUCCAUUUAUUGAUUUUAGACGGGGGUACAAGUUUCAUUUCAUUUUUUUACAAAUAAACCACUGCCGCCCCCCCAGCCCCUGGGACGUAAAAAUCGAUUGGUCCCUAAUACUUAGUUUACAUAUUUCAGUAAUCUUUAAUAGGUAAUAAUAUGAAUAUCAUAUGGAUAUUUGUGUUUUCACAUGCUGAAUUUCAAAAAAACAUCCAAAGCAUGCCUCAUACCUCAUAGUCUUUUCAUUCCCAGAUGAUCUGUAGGAAAGGGGGAGAAGGAUUCCAUCCUCUUGCCAUUUCUCUUCACCCCUUUGUUAUAAUGUCUUAUUAUUAUUAAUUAUUUGAAAGGGUAGCUUUUGCAUAAAUGGAAAACAUGCCAUUGCAGCAUACCCAUAUUCAAUAAUUUUGACUAUACAUGCAGCCAAAAACAAAGGUUUUGCACCUUCAAAUGAUGGCAGGCAUGUCAGAUGGCAGGAACAAUAUAAUUGUUUUACAUAAUAAUGAAUUUAAUUCCUAAGAGCAAAAAGAUAUUAUUGUUCUGCUAUCUAGCCACAGUCAGCCCAAGCUGUAUUGAUGGGCAUGGGCAUGUGUGAUGGUGCAAAAUUUCUAUUGGUGAAUUGAAUGGCAUACUGACAGAGCAGUAAGUCCUGUAUUUUUCCCAUUGAUGCAAAAUCUUCAUUGUAAUUUAAUUUAGUUUAUUAGGUAAUUUAGUUCAUUAGUAUAUGUUGUUAAAAAAUGUUACGAAGAACUACCAGGUACAAGUUAUAUUAUUCUUGUAAAUAAGAAGGUUUUGGUAUUUCCAUGAUAUUCUGCAGAUAAAUGCAUGGAAGCAUUUUAGUUCAUGUUUGCCAUUACCUAAUUUAAUUGGUGUAAUGUAAUUUCACAUGUACUAUGACUAUGCUAUGAUCAAGUCUURAUGGUAAUUUUUUCCAUUACAGUUGCUAUGAAUAGCAAAGCUGCAUGGAAGAAGAAAUAGAGAAAACUGUGAAGAUAGAUAAGAAGAAAGUAGAUGAAAACUUGAUAAAAGGAAGGCAGUCAGUUGGCAUUUGUUUUUUAUUUGAAAUUAUUUAUCAAAAUUCAGUGUUUUGAUGGUAUUGAUUACACUGUAUUAAAUUGGUAAAGAUUUAUUGAUUAAAAUCACUUUUGAAUUGUG